GCGCAGUCUGACAUCGCUGGGAGGAAAAUGUCUUGUUGGUUGAGGGAAGAGACUUUUGUGCUGGCAGAAGAUUACGUGGGAUUCUGCAGCGGGAUCCAACAGACGCCUCCCAGCGAGUCAGCACAGGCCAUGAGAUACCUGGCCAAAGAGAUGGAGCAGCAGCACAGAAGCAAAUUCAGAUCGCUCUCCCAGGAGUUCCUGGACACCUGCGGCUCCGAUCCCAGCCAGUGUCUGCACAGGGUCAUGAGGGAACUGGUGGGAGAUGGGAAACUGAACUGGGGAAGGGUGGUCUCCAUCUUUACUUUCGCUGGAGUGCUGGCCAGUGAGCUUCUCUCCAGGCGAGGGAAUUCGGAGUGCUCGCCGAAACUGGCCGAGACCGUAGCGGACUACCUGGGUGGGGAAAAGCGAGACUGGCUGCUGGAAAACGGAGGCUGGGAGGGUUUCUACAGGUUUUUCCACACCGCCAGAGAGUUAAAGCAAGAGUCCUCGAUGAAGACCGCACUGUUCGCAGCCGCAGGAGUGGGUUUAGCUGGUCUAACCUUUCUCUUGGUCCGCUGAACGCUUUUGCCCACAAGCACACACACCUGCCCUUACUUUCCUGUUCAUUUCUGUCCUAUCGACAAAGAAAAAAGGGCUCUUAAAGGGUAACAAAUCUUUAAGUUCUCAGUCAAAUUAUUACCAUUCUUUUAUUCUUUUCUCAUCAUCCAGACGUAUACAGCACACCGGUGAUUCAGUUUUAACAUGGCAUUAACAUGGGAAAGAACUCUUUGCAUAUCUAACAUGGUCCUUUUCGUUUCGUAAUUCCUUUCGUCAAUCCUUGUUCUGUGGUAAAUCUUGUUAGUUUAGAGAGCAAUUACUGUUUGUUUUGAGAGGAUGGAAUGAAACCACAGUUGGCGCAAGCGUUCACUUUGAAUCGCUGUGACACAUAAGAGAGUGCAUAAUAUAUUUUAUAAUUCAGUGCAAACUCAUCAGACCACUUUUUGCCCCGGACUGUGGUUUGCGUUUGAUAUUUACACUUUGGGAUGUCUCUCGGUUUCGUCCUAAAGUCAUUUGUUUUAAAGGUGCUAGCUUGUUGAGCUUCUUGCAUAAUUUGUGAUUAUUCUGCCCAAUUGUAAAUGACCAGUUUACGUUGUAAAUGUAUUUAUUUACCUUUUAAGAACAAAUUAUUAAUAUUUAGGCAAUUCCCAACAAUUGACAAAACAUUAUAUUUUUCCAUUGUUUUAUUUAUUAACCUCUUUCUUAAUAAAAACGAUGUUACUGUAAAGAUGAAGUCAAUCGAAUCUUCUUGCCUGUUUAUUUUGUGCGCUGUAUAUGCAGUGAGCUUGAGUGCAUGCAUUGGUAUCAUUUGGGACACAUUUUAUGGCGCUCCUCAGAAACAAACUACUGUGUUUUACAUCUAGUUACCUGAAUAUUAACUUGGCUGGCUGGCAGCCAAGCCUUUUAAAGGGAAGUUUAUCGCCUCCUUUGAGAGGUUUGUUAUUGCCACAAGAACGUUGCUUAAGGAUGUGCAAACCUACUUGCGCAUUUCUAUAGUACUCGAUGACCAUAAAGCUGAUUGUUGAUUUAGAGUCAUUAUUAAUUCGCUGACGUUUUCUCAAUUUGGACAUUUUUAUUUCCUGUUUAUUUUUUAAGUAAAAAAGGGAAUUCUCAGCAGUUCUGUGGAAGGUUUAAAUGUUUAAAGUCUGCUUUAUGGCUCAAUUUUCAGGGUUGCCAGAUCUCCUUAAGAAAAACCAUCCCAAUGGCAAAUCAAGUCUAGCCCUGAAGUGAAACUCAAAAUGUCUUUCCUAUACCUAAAAUAUUGUACAGUCACUAUUAUGCAAAACUUAAACAUUGUUCUUGAAAAUAACUUUGCAACCCUGCUCAAUUUGAAGUGCUUCUGAAUAAAUGAUAGUAACAAAUGUUAAAUUGCAUUGCGUUUUCAAAUGCAAAUUCAGUUUACACUACAGUGAAUCCUGUUGUCAGCUCUGGAAACACUUGGAUGGAGCACAGCUCUGCCUAAAGCCUUCAUAACUGAAUGACAGUCUGUAGUGUGUCUGUAUUUGCACAGCUUUUUAUUAUCUUGCGCUUUUAGUUUGCGUUGGUGGACUGAAUUUGUCAGUGCUUUGCAUUCGCUCUUCCGUUCUGGCCCUUAUCUGUAUUUCUUUCACGGAUAUAAUGCAGCAUCAUAUGUAUUUUCUCCAUUCACAGGCUGCUGGACUUUGUCCAAACAAUCAUGCAAAUGCUCAGCUGGGCUCCAACCCAAACUAGUCCAACAAAACGUUGAUGUUUUGUAUGAAUAUGUAAUAAUAUUGCAAUUUUUAAGAUGAUGAAUUUUUGCAGACAAAGCGG